AUGGAGAUGAAGAACCAUCUCAUCAAGAAUCUAAUUUUGUCUCCCGGCAUUUCCACCGCCUCAGUUAAGCGUUACCUGCAGUUGGCCGACCAAAAUCCACUUACGGAUCGUAAGGUGGCCAUACCUGCGGCGAUCGGGACGCCCUCGGUAGCCUCCUGCCAACCCUCUCGCUCAACGUCGCAGCAGGCGACAUCUAGCGUCGCUAUUGAGGACUCGGUUGAGCAGCGUUCGUUAAAUGAUAAUGCACAGCCAGCCAGCACAAUUCCACCUCAGGAAUUUACAGAAGAGCAACCAAAGUGCACUAUCUCACCUCCAUGCAAGAAGAGCACGACAGACCAUCUCGCUUCGGAACCUCCACCUUUUCAUCAAAAUACAUUCAAUACAACCCUAUAUGUUGCCUCUGAGGAGUUUCUUGAUCAACACAUUACUCAAGGGAUAGAUAAAGAUGACCUCCGACGCAGAAUAUGCCCGGGAGUUAAGAAGACUGACCUCGGUUGUUACCGAGUACAGAACCACAUUAUAUUUCAGAUCUUAGAUAAGAUCAGCGGCAAGAAAUUACCCUGA